AUGGUUCGUUUUGUAUUGGCUGCUGUUUCAUUGCUCCUUGCACUCGGCACGGGAGUUAGUGCAGAAUGCGAGGCCUGUCCUAAUUGCGAUUAUGAGCGAAUCAGUAUUGAGCAAGGGGAUGCAUGUCUUAACCACUGGACAUGCUCAGGCGAUACUAUUACAUGCUAUUACCCCUCUGUUGCAAAUCCGGGAACGUGGAAUGCCUGUGCGUAUGCUCCAGCGAAUGAUUGGGCACUCGUAUCUGGCCCCAGUGGAAUCUGUUUCCCGUAUGCGGGACUCAACUCGAAAUGUCAACCUGGGAAUGACCCGUACAACCUUGGCAUCCCAGGUUGCACCGCUUCGUAUGGGUUUGUGAAUGAGACCAACAGUCAGCUGCUAUGA